CUCAAAAAGUACUUGAAGUUCAACAUGACUCUUUCCACCCACCCACAUCACUCCUCGUUACGCUUAUUCUACCAUGUCUGUUAUUACUGACCCAGAAGAGCAAUACGCGUUAAUCACCAGAAACUUGCAGGAAGUCUUGAAUGGCCAGAUCAUCAAAGAUGUGCUUGUCAACGAAAAGAGACCGGUGAAGAUCUACUGGGGGACCGCUCCUACCGGGAAACCCCACUGCGGGUACUUUGUGCCGAUGACAAAGUUGGCGCACUUCUUGAAGGCUGGCUGUGAGGUCAUUGUGUUGUUGGCUGACUUGCACGCCUUUUUGGACAACAUGAAAGCUACCUUGGAGACCGUGGGUCACAGAGCCAAGUACUACGAAUUGGUUGUCAAGUCUAUCUUGAGAUCUAUCGGUGUUCCGAUUGAGAAGUUAAAGUUUGUUAUUGGCUCCUCGUACCAGACCUCCACCGCAUACACCAUGGACAUUUUCAAAUUGUCCAAUAUUUGUUCUGUCAACGACGCUAAGAGAGCGGGGGCGGACGUUGUCAAGCAGACCGAGAACCCGUUGUUGUCUGGGUUGAUCUACCCAUUGAUGCAGGCUUUGGAUGAGGAACACUUGGGUGUUGAUGCCCAGUUCGGUGGUGUGGACCAGAGAAAAAUCUUUGUGUUAGCCGAAGAGAACUUGCCCUCCAUGAAAUACAAGAAGCGUGCCCAUUUGAUGAAUCCCAUGGUGCCAGGUUUGGGCCAGGGCGGUAAAAUGUCUGCUUCCGACCCUAACUCCAAGAUUGACUUGUUAGAAGACCCUAAGAUCGUCACCAAGAAGAUCAGAUCCGCCUUCUGCGCCCCAGGCGAGGUCGAGGGCAACGGUGUUAUUGCCUUUAUUGAGAACGUGCUCAUCCCGAUUUCUGAGAUCAAACAUGAGUUUGAGGACAAGUUUGAGUUUUUCAUCGACAGGCCAGAAAAGUUUGGUGGCCCAAUUACCUACACAUCCAUCCAGACCAUCAAGGACGACUACAAGUCAGAGAAGUUGAAUCCAGCCGACUUGAAGACGGGUGUUGCCGACGCCAUCAAUGCCAUGUUGGCGCCGUUGAUCGCCGACUUCAACAAUGACCCAGAGUUUCAGAGGGCCUCCGAGUUGGGCUACCCAGCCCCGGUCGUCCAGGAGAAGAAGGUCAAGAAGAAGAAGGAUAGAGGAACCCGAUUCCCUGGUGCCCCAGGCACCACCUCUCCAGUCCCAGUUGAUACUGUUACUGAGAAGUUGGAGGGUGCCAAGUUAGAAUAGGUUUAAUAUAUUAGUUAACGAACCCAUUCAGACACGUCGAAAAGUAGGUGUGGUGAAUAAUAGAAGUACGGCCAUGCUUAGUUUUCCCUUGGUGCACCAUGAAAAGUGUAGUUAAAAUCAUCGUCAAUGGAACAGCCUUCAUCUGUUGCGUCUAUACCUAAAUUGGCCAACUCCUUUAUCCCCUUUUCGCUGAAGCCAUAGGGAUCUUUAGGAAGCCAUAUCACCGGCAUUUGAAACUGAGAGGACUUGUGGAGAAAUGUUUUUUUGCUGGAUUCUGAGUGCUCUCCCGUAGAUUCCAAGCCAGGUGUAUGGCUAUUGCAUGUGUCUUUGGAAAGCAGAGACAACAGAGUCUGUGUAAGCAAAUCAC